AUGGAAAUAAGAUCUUUGGAAUCAAUUGAAAUAAAAUAGAAAAAUGAUUUACGUGGAAAAAAAUAAGUUUAAAAUGAUGAAGGUUAUUUAAUAUUAGAAUAUACAGAUAAAUCUGAAAUUUAAUUAGAUUAAUAUUCAAAUAUUAAUAGUUCUUAAGUUAAAUAUGAAUUUCUAACUCAAAAAUAUAUAAAUGCUUAAACUUGUAUUAUUAAAUAAAUAAAAGAAUUACGUCAAAAUACUAAUGAAGGUUCAACUCUUUUAGUUGAUAUUAAAUUAAAUAAUAAUUCUAGUUAUUUAACUGCUUAAAAUUUAGAAAUAUAUCCUCAAAAUGAUCCACAUUAAGUCAGUUAACUAGCUACAUAUUUAAAUUUGGAUUAAAACUAAAAUGUACAAUUUAAAAAUUUUAAUAAAGAAAUUGAAUAUCCAUUUCCAACUCCGAUUUCUAUAAGAAAUAUAUUCGGUAAAUUUUGUGAUUUUUAAGGACAACUUAUGAAAAAAACAUUAAUUGAAUUAUCUAAACUAACAAAAAAUGAAUAAUAUAAAAAUUAAUUAUUAUUUUUAGCUGAAGAUAAAGGCCAGUUUUAAAUAGAAAUUUUAAAUAAAAGAAAAACAUUAUUUGAUUUAAUGAAAGAAUAUUAAAUUGUACCUAAUUUAGAUUAGUUUAUUUAAUUAUGUCCAAGAAUAUCUCCUAGAGCAUUUACUAUUGCAUCUUCAAAUUUAGAUCAUCCUGAUAUAAUAUAAAUUGCAGAUAGUUUAGUAAUUGAAAAACUUUCAAAUAAUUAAAUUAAAUAUGGUUUAUGUAGUAAAUAUUUAAUUAACUGCUUUAAUAAAUAUAAAAAUAAAAUGACUGGAAACAGAAUAAGAAUAAGCAUCAAAAAUUCAUCAUUUAUUUUAUAAAAUAAUAAUAAGCCAAUUAUUAUGAUAGGAACAGGGACUGGAGUAGCACCUUUUAUAGCUUUUUGUUAAGAAAAAUUAGUUUUAAGAAAUAAAAAUAUUUUUUUAGGAGAUUUUAGUCUUUUCUUUGGAUGUAGGUAUUAAAAUUAAGAUUUUAUUUUUAAAGAAGACAUUCUUAAAUUUAAAGAAGAUUAAAUUAUAAAUAAUUUAUUUGCAGCUUUUUCUAGAGAUGAUGCAGAAAAAAAAGUUUAUGUUUAAGAUUUGAUUAUGUAAAAUAAAUAAUUUGUAUAUGAAACAUUAUUUUUAAAAAAUGGAAAUAUCUAUAUCUGUGGAAAUACUUUUAUGGGUUAAGAUAUUAUGUAGUCAUUAAAUGAAAUAGUUUAAAUUUUUUAAAAAGUUGAUAAAAAACAAGCAAGUAAACUAACACAAGAGCUUGAAAGUGAAAAAAGAAUAGUAAAAGAGUUAUGGUGA